AUGUCGUCGUCUGAUAUUCUUCGAAUCUCUACCCAAUACACGCUUUACAAUGCCUAUGCAGUUUUAAGCUUAGGAAUUCUUGGUAAUAUCAUAAACAUUCUCGUUUUUCUACGCAUAAAACUCUUUCGUGGCAAUCGAUCUGUGUUUUUUCUUAUUGUUGAAUCCUUUUCAAAUGUUGGUUAUGAAAUCGUUUCCUUGAUUCUGACAAUUUUAACAUCUGUCUACGGUGACGAUGGCACGGGCCGAUCGGAUCCUUGGUGUAAAAUUAAAUUCAUGUUGGCACAAGUCUUUUUACUUAUUACAUAUUUUAUGAUCGGUUGCGCAUCGGCCGAUCAAUUCUUCUCAACACAUUCUUAUUUCAAUCGGCAACAAUGUUGCACAAUGAAAUUAGCUCGAUAUUCAGCGUUUAUCAUCAGUUUCAUUUGGUUAAUUCAUAGCAUCGCUUUUGCUUUGUUCUUCAAUGUCGAGCCAUCCGUUGGAUGUGUUAUUUCGAAUACCAAUGCACUUCGCUAUGCGACAUUCUUCUUCUAUCCGGUCAUCGCCGGAUUUUUACCGAUGAUAAUCGCAGCAUUGUUUAGUUUAUUCGCUUUUCGAAAUGUUCGUCGGAUUGUUCGUCGACAAGUCCCAAUCGUUCGUCGUCGAUUAGAUCGACAAAUGACAGCGAUGGUUUUUACACGCGUGAUCUUCUUUAUAUGUUUAAUAUUUCCAUACAGUUUCUAUCGUAUUUAUGCAAUUAAUCAUCCAACUUCACGAACCCAACCAUUACCAUACGCAAUCGCGCAACUUAUUCAAGCAAUUUUUCUUUCUUUAGUUCGAAUCAAUUCAGGUGUGAAUUUUUACAUCUUCGUUUUAACAUCAUCACAGUUCCGUCGUCAAGUGAAGUUUGUAUUGGUUAAGAAAUGUUGGAAACAAAUCAAACGUACUCUUGCGGGUGUUAAUAAUCAAACGGCACCGAAUCAAACAGAAUAUGAAGAGUCACAUAGGGAGUCGGAUAAAAAUGCUUAA